UAAGCGUAAGCAACUAAAGUUUAUACUGCUUGUUUCAUCCUGAGGAAGUGUAUCCUGUUGUUAUAUAGGCGUCAUAUUAGUAUUUGCUUUUAAAAUUUAUGAUAGCACGACUUAAUUUAAAAGUAAAACCCCAGUUCAAAUUAAAACAUAUUCAGUGCUACUACUACUAGACAGAGGAACUUGGACGUUAGCAACAAUAAUACUAAUAGUACUGUAGUUUAGAGUGUAGUACUAGUAGCACUAUUUACUUAUGUUAAUACUAGUUGUGUAAAACUACUCAUUUUAUUAUACUGAACAUCACUACUAGUAGCCUUAUAACUUAUAAGAGAAGUUACAGUGUAACCUAAAUAUCGGCCCUUGACCCGGCAUUUAUUUACCAGUUUUAACUUUUAUUGGGUAAUAAAAUUAUAAGCUGAAUAUCUGAAUAUUGUAGAAAGAAACACCUGAAAGCAAUUAAAAGUGACUUGGAAACUACUUAUCUAAUUUAAUGACUUCAAAGUUGAACACUUACCUCAGCCUGAGAGAGAAAACUUGAAACCAAAAUGACAGAAGUUGGCCAGGCAAAAUUUCUGUACAUAGGAGACACUGUAUCUAUGUAUGCUGAAGGAAGUGUUAUGGGUUUUCUAAGCACUUUAGGACUAGUUGAUGACAGAUGCGUUGUGAACCCAAGUGGUGGUGAUUUAGAAAAUCCUCCCAAAAAAUUUCGAGAUUGUUUGUUUAAGAUGUGCCCCAUGAAUCGGUAUUCUGCUCAGAAACAGUUUUGGAAAGCAGCUAAACAGAGUACUACAUCAACCACUGAUGCUGUCUUAUUGAAGAAGCUCCAUCAUGCAGCAGAACUGGAGAAAAAGCAAAAUGAAUCAGAAAAUAAGAAGCUAGUUGGAUCUAAGAUCCAGUAUGGUGGUGUAAUUCAGCUUCUUCACAUCAAAAGCAACAAAUAUCUGACGGUCAACAAACGGCUUCCAGCACUACUGGAGAAAAAUGCCAUGAGAGUUUAUCUUGACUCUGCAGGAGAUGAAGGAUCAUGGUUUUACAUCGUUCCAUUUUAUAAACUUAGAACUACAGGUGACAAUGUUGUUGUUGGAGACAAAGUUGUUCUAACCCCAGUGAAUGCUGGUCAGCCACUACAUGCUAGUAGUCAUGAAUUACAAGAUAAUCCUGGCUGUAAAGAGGUUAAUGCUGUUAACUCUAGUACAUCUUGGAAGAUCUCUCUUUUCCUGGACUAUAAAGAUAACCUGGAUGAUGUAUUAAAAGGGGGUGAUGUGGUUCGACUUUUUCAUGCAGAACAAGAAAAGUUUCUCACAAUGGAUGAAUACAAAAAGAAACAAUAUGUAUUCUUGCGCUCAACAGCCAGAGCUACGGCCACAGCAGCCACAAGCUCCAAAGCACUCUGGGAAGUGGAGGUUGUACAACAUGACCCAUGUAGAGGUGGAGCUGGCCAUUGGAAUAGCCUCUAUAGGUUUAAACACUUAGCCAGUGGACAGUACCUUGCUGCCGAGGUGGAUGAUGAUUCUACUUCCGAUCCUAUGCGGUCUAAACUUAGAGGCUCUCCUGGUGUUCAAGUGUACUGUUUGGUGUCUGUGCCUCAUUCCAAUGAUAUAGCCUCCAUAUUUGAACUGGAUGCUACCACAUUAACAAGAGGCGAUGACUUAGUUCCUCAAUCUUCCUAUGUGAGACUUCGUCACUUAUGUACAAAUACUUGGGUUCAUAGUACAAAUAUUCCAAUUGACAAGAGUGAAGAUAAGCCCAUGAUGUCAAAGGUGGGGUGUGCACCAGUGAAAGAAGAUAAAGAAGCAUUUGCUAUUCUCCCUGUUUCUGCCACAGAAGUUCGAGACCUUGAUUUUGCUAAUGAUGCAUGUAAAGUUUUAGUCAGUAUAUAUAGUAAGCUAGAAAGAGGAUCCAUUACACAAAAUGAAAGAAGAUUUGUCACCCAGCUACUUCAAGAAUUGAUCUAUUUCAUUGCUGGUAAAGAGAAUGAACCUAAGAAGCAGGAUCCUUUAGAUUUAAUUGUAACACAUCCAAAUAGGGAGAGACAGAAGCUUGUCCGAGAACAAAAUAUACUGAAACAGCUCUUUAAGCUUCUACAAGCACCAUUUAUCGACUGUGGAGAUGGUCCUAUGCUCCGUAUUGAAGAACUCGGGGAUCCACGACAUGCCCCUUUUAAACAUAUUUGUAGACUCUGCUACCGAAUCUUGCGUCUCUCACAGCAAGAUUACAGAAAGAACCAGGAGUAUAUUGCCAAUUGGUUUGGCUUUAUGCAAAAACAGAUAGGAUAUGAUGUAUUAGCUGAAGACACAAUUACAGCCUUGUUACAUAGUAAUCGAAAACUUUUAGAAAAACACAUCACAGCAUCAGAAAUUGAAACUUUUGUAAGUUUGGUGCGAAAGAAUAAGGAAAGCAGAUUUUUGGAUUAUCUGUCGGAUCUGUGUAUAUCCAAAAAAGUAGCUAUUCCAGUCACACAGGAACUCAUCUGUAAGUCAGUGCUAAGUCCCAAAAACUCUGAUAUUCUUAUCCAGACCAGGAUGGUGAGGACACAGAUGGAAGUGGAAGUGAAUAUUCCAAGCUCUGAUGGCCAUGUCGAUUCAUUGAUUACUCUUGAGGAAGAAGAGAAUGUAGUAUUGUUUUGGGACAAUGAGAAUGAAAGCAGGAGCAUCAGAGAGUUGGCUGCCGGAGUUACUGAUGGAAACAAAGAUGACAAAAGUAUUUUGGAUUACUACAGACAUCAGCUGGAUCUGUUCUCUGGAAUGUGUCUUGAUAGACAGUAUCUAGCUAUAAACAACUUGUCAGCUCAUUUACAUAUUGAUUUAAUCCAAAACUAUGAUGCAAACAAACAACCAGAUCUAAACAGGGAAGCUGUUUGGCGGAGGUUCACCCCAACCAUCACAUUUGUGGAGGAUUACCUGUGUAACGUUGUUGGCCACAUGUGGUCAUUUGCUGACAAGGAACAAAACAAACUGACAUUUGAGGUUGUGAAACUGGCACGUGAACUGAUUUACUUUGGGUUCUACAGUUUCAGUGAUUUGCUUCGACUCACUAAAACACUACUGAGUAUUUUGGAUUGUGUUCCUGAUUCCUCUGUUCUGAAUGGCAGGUUGCCUACACAGGAUAUUGAUGCUUGCAGGGGAGUAGCCAAAUCUAUUAGAGGAAUGGGAGCUGUAAUGACCAACAUGGUGUUGAGCACUGCAGGGAUAAGUGAGGAAAUGGCAGCAACAAUACGAAAGAAAGCAUCUAUAACAGGCUCUGAAGACACUCUUGUAAUGGACACAAAACUGAAGAUAAUUGAAAUUUUACAGUUUAUUCUAAAUGUCAGAUUAGACUACCGAAUAACAGGUCUUCUCUCCAUAUUCAAAAGAGAAUUUGAUGAAAGUCACGAUCAGUCUGCUACAGAAUCAACAGUUACCAUUGGUGAAAAAGGUAUUGACUUGGAAAGAAUUGGACAAUAUGCAGAGGGCAUUUUUGGCGGAACAGAUGACUACACAGACAUCGACUUAGAUGGACAAGGUGGUCGAACCUUUCUGCGAGUUCUUCUUCACCUUACUAUGCAUGAUUACCCUCCUUUGGUAUCGGGGGCACUGCAGUUAUUGUUUCGUCAUUUCAGUCAACGACAAGAAGUCCUUCAAGCUUUUAAACAGGUCCAGCUACUUGUGUCACCCAGUGAUGUUGAAAACUACAAACAAAUUAAGACAGACUUGGACAACCUUAGACUGUUGGUGGAGAAGUCAGAACUAUGGGUUUAUAAAGACAAAACUGAUGAUGGAGGUAAACAGAAAAAGAAAACGGAGGAUGAAGGAGAUGGUGAUGGAGAUGAAAAAAAGGAAGAGGCUUCUCAGAAGAAAAAGAAAACAUCUGUUCCAGACUUGGGAGUUCAUACAUUUACUGAAGGUUCAGCCAUUGACCUUGAUAUUGGCCCUCCUCUUGAUCUAGUGCAAAAGAGAAACUACAGGACUAUUCAACAGAUCCUGUUGCGACUAAUUCACCUCUGUGUGCAAGAAACUCCAGGGGGGAGUAAGAAGCCAAGCAAGCAUGAACAGCGACUAUUAAGAAACAUGGGUGCUCAUGCUGUUGUUCUAGAACUCUUGGAAAUCCCUUAUGAUAAAAAAGAAGAUAUUCGUAUGAAUGAAGUCAUGAUGCUGGCACAUGAGUUCCUUCAACAUUUUUGUCUGGGAAAUCAUGCCAAUCAAUCACUUCUUCACAAACACAUUGACUUAUUUUUAAAUCCUGGGCUUCUGGAAGCUCAAACAAUUCGAAGUAUCUUUCAAGACAAUAUAAGUUUGUGCAACGAGAUCAAUGAACACGUUGUGCAACACUUUGUACACUGUAUUGAAACUCAUGGUCGUCAUGUCCAGUAUUUGAAAUUUCUUCAAACAAUCGUCAAAGCCGAAGGCCAGUUUAUUCGGAAGUGUCAGGACAUGGUGAUGCAAGAGUUGGUGAGUGCUGGAGAAGAUGCUCUUGUAUUUUACAAUGACAAGGCCUCUUUUAGUCACCUGGUGGAGAUGAUGAGGUCAGAAUGGCAGAGGAUGGAUGAAGCCGGACCACUUCAGUACCACAUUAACUUGGUCCAGCUACUUGCAGCCUGUACUGAGGGAAAGAAUGCUUUUACAGAAAUCAAGUGUCACUCUCUUUUAUCCUUGGAUGACAUUGUAAGAGUGGUUACACAUCCUGAUUGUCUACCAGAGGUGAAGGGAGCCUACAUUAAUUUCUUAAGCCACUGUUUCAUUGACACGGAAGUAGAAAUGAAAGAAAUUUAUACCAGCAACCACAUCUGGACCCUUUUUGAGAAUUUUCUCAUAGACAUGGCUAUGGUUUGUAAUGCACCAUCUCAUGACCGUCGCCGAGCUGAUUAUCAGCUAGAAAAAUACGUCUUAAUAUCUGUAAUGAACAUUAUCACCACAUUUUUUAACUCCCCAUUUUCUGAUCAGAGCACAACAGUUCAGACCCAUCAGCCUGUCUUUGUACGGCUGCUUCAAGGAGCAUUCCGACUGUCUAAUUGCUCCUGGUUAAAACUUCACAAACGAAUGAAUGUUGAAACCUGCAUCAAAACAUUAUCAGACAUUGCCAGAAAUCGAGGCAUAGCCAUACCAGUCGAUCUAGACACCCAGGUUUCUUCCAUGUUCAGUAAAAAUUCUGUAAUCAGCAAGCAUACUCGUGCAUGGUUGUCUGCCAGUCGAACUCCUCGACGUGAACACUCUUCCUCAAGCUUGUACCGAAAUGAAAGGAGUAUUAUAGAAGGGCUUCAGGGAGAAGCACUGAGACAGACACUUUUAAUUCGUUACUUUGGCAAAACUAACAUGAAAUGUGGAGUUCGUGUUAGUCUUAAUAAACCGAUAGUGGCCAGGAAUAUUGCAUCAACUGGGGUUGUCACACAUGGUCCAGGUGGUGUUCUGCUUAGCCGUGCUGAGAUGACACUAGCUGAAGUCCAGUGCCACCUAGAUAGAGAGGGUGCUUCCAACCUGGUAGUGGAAUUGAUUAUGGUCAAUCCAAACCAUUCCAUUUUUCUAGAAAGUGUGGAACUUGGUAUAGCUUUACUUGAAGGUGGAAACUCUGUGAUCCAGAAAUCAAUUUACCAGAAACUUACCAGUGGUAAUAACUCGGAGAAGUUUUUCAAGGUAUUUUUUGAUAAAAUGAAGGAGGCUCAGCAAGAAAUAAAGUCUACAGUGACGGUCAACACGGCAGACUUAGCUUCUCGUUCUGAAAGUGAACGAGACAGUCUGAGUAAAGAAGUGAGCAAAGAUGGUCGUAAAAUGAAAGCUUUCAAACAGAACAGUGUUGUAUUGACUCAAGAUUUAAAGGAACAACUUGAAGAUGCAGCAGCAGCUACAAGUAAAGCAUAUGCACAAGUUCGUCAGCUUGGUUGCUCAGCCACUAGUUCCCCAGACCAAGAUCUCAUGGCAUCAGGACCAGCUCCUCACACUUAUGCUGCCUUGGAAGAAAUAUUGGCUGAAAAAGCUGAGAAGGCAAAAGAAGAAAGCAGACUUCCCCCAGAAGUUGCAGUAAUGGAACCAAUAUUAAGAUUUUUACAACUUUUAUGUGAGAACCACAAUGCUGAACUUCAGAACUACCUGCGGCACCAAAGUAACAAGAAUAAUUGUAAUCUUGUAUCGGAAUCACUGAUGUUUCUGGAUUGUAUAUGUGGAAGUACAACUGGUGGACUUGGACUUCUUGGACUUUACAUCAAUGAAUACAAUGUGAGCCUAGUGAACCAAACGCUUGAAACUCUGACUGAAUACUGCCAAGGUCCAUGUCAUGAGAAUCAGAACUGCAUCGCUGUCCAUGAGAGUAAUGGAAUAGACAUCAUCAUAGCACUAAUCUUGAAUGACAUCAAUCCUCUUGGAAAGAAGAGGAUGGACCUUGUUUUAGAAUUAAAGAACAAUGCCUCCAAACUGUUGUUGGCUGUCAUGGAAAGCCGAGGUGACAGUGAGAAUGCUGAAAAAAUUUUGUACAACAUGAGUCCUAAACAACUGGUCGAAGUAGCAUGUAACGCUUAUCAUCAAGAAGGGGAUGAAGAUGAUGAAGAAGAGGUUGAGGAGUUUCUGCAAGGAAGUGAUGGUGUUUCACCCAAAGAAGUUGGACACAAUAUCUACAUCCUGUGCCACCAGCUAGCUCAACAUAACAAAGAUCUAGCAGCUAUGUUGAAACCCAGCCUUAGCGGCAUGGAAUCUAAGACCAAUCUGGCACUACAGUACUAUGCUAGUCAUACAGCUCAAAUAGAGAUUGUUCGGCAUGAUCGAACCAUGGAGCAGAUAGUGUUUCCCGUACCACAAAUAUGUGAAUUUUUAACAAGAGAAUCCAAAGUGAAAGUCUACAACACUACAGAACGUGACGAACAAGGAAGUAAGGUAUCUGAUUUCUUUGAACGAACUGAAGAUUUGUUCAGUGAAAUGAAAUGGCAAAAAAAAUUGAGAGGUCAGCCUCUGUUAUAUUGGGUCAGCAGGCACAUGUCAGAUUGGAGUACAGUAGCUUUCAACUUGGCUGUUCUAGUCAAUCUUAUUGUUGCUUUCUUCUACCCGUUUCCUGAGAAGACAGAAAUUUCUCUUCAGUGGUCAGGUCUUAUCUGGGCCGUGAUGUUAAUUUCUUUGGCAACCAUUGUCACAGUACCCCGGGCUUCAGGAAUUCGAACUUUUAUUGUAGCAACUAUUCUCCGACUAGUUUAUUCAGUAGGAUUACAGCCAAGUUUGUGGCUUUUGGGGGCUGUAAAUUUGGUCAUAACUUCUGUCCAUCUGGUUAGUAUUAUGGGCAAUCAUGGAACUUUCAACAAAAGCUUUCGUCAUAUCUUGGCAGAUUUUGAAUUGCUCUACCAUCUUGGUUACUUCGUAUUCUGUGUACUGGGUCUAUGUAUGCAUCCGUUCUUUUAUAGCGUCUUGCUUCUCGAUGUUGUGUACCAGGAGGAAACGCUUCUUAAUGUUAUUAAAUCAGUAACUCGUAAUGGUCGAUCCAUCAUCUUGACAGCAAUUUUUGCUCUUAUUCUUGUAUAUCUAUUUUCCAUCAUUGGUUAUCUUUUCUUCCGAGAUGACUUUCUUAUGGAAGUUGAUAACCAACAGUUAGUUAAUCCUGUGGAUUAUAAAGGUGCAAGAGGCAUUUCACCCUCUUCCAAGAUUUCCCUUGCUGAGAGAACUCUUAUGAGAACAGCAGAAGUAACAACUCCUUCUGGUUGCCUCUGGAAAGAUAAGAAAAGCUGUUCCUGCUCUAGGGAUAUUUUGUUUUGGAUGUAUAACACGAAGGAUAGUAAGGACGCAGUAAAACCACAGAGUGAACCUGUAAUAUCCGAGACAGCCAGGCCAGAUGCAUCCAACAAGAAGGAAAGUCAGAAGGAACGUGCAUGUGACUACCUGAUCAUGUGUAUUGUGACCACCUUAAACCAGGGACUAAGAAAUGGUGGGGGCAUUGGCGAUGUAUUGAGGACACCAAGUGCAGAGGAGCCACUGUUCGCCGCCAGAGUUGUUUAUGACAUGCUGUUCUUUUUCAUUGUUAUCGUUAUUGUCCUAAACCUUAUCUUUGGAGUGAUCAUUGAUACUUUUGCUGAUCUUAGAAGUGAGAAACAACAGAAAGAGGAAAUCCUGAAAAACACUUGUUUUAUUUGUGGAUUAAAUCGGUCGGCAUUUGACAACAAAAGUGUUUCCUUUGAAGAACAUAUCCGUUGUGAGCAUAACUUAUGGCACUAUCUUUAUUUCACCGUCCUAGUUAAGGUAAAAGAUCCAACAGAGUUCACGGGGCCUGAGAGCUAUGUGGCAGCUAUGAUUAAGGAUCGAAACUUGGACUGGUUUCCACGGAUGAGAGCCAUGUCUUUGGCAGCAAAUGAGGCUGAGGGUGAGCAAAAUGAAAUUCGAACCUUACAGGCACAGCUUCAGAAUACUCAGAAGCUUGUGUCAGGGUUGUCGCAACAACUGAAUGAGUUAAAAGAACAGGUUUGUAAUUUGUAUCAAAUGCCAAGUAUAAUUUUUUUUUCAAUGUGUGUGAGUGUGCCCAUGCAUAUACCUGUGUCUUUGGUGGGCAAUCUUAUUCCUAAUGUAAUACAGUAA